AUGACGCUUAACGUUUAUAUUGCUUCCAUUACCGCCAAUACUGAGGUCCGUAAACAAGUGCAGAAAGUGCUAAUGGUACUUGAUGGAUUAGGUGUUCCAUUUAAAGCGAUUGACAUAACAUUACGGGGUAAUGAACAGUAUCGAGACUUCAUGCGGCAAAAUGCCCUGAAUAAACGGUGCGAUGGAAUUCCAUUACCGCCUCAGUUUUUUGUUGAUGAUGAAUAUCUAGGAAAUUAUAUGGAUUUUGAGGAAGCAGUUGAAGACAAUCAAUUACCAGAAUUUCUUCGCUUGAUACCUUCAUCAGCCGAAGAUGAGGACGACGAUGAAGGGAAAGAUGAGGAAAAUGAAGAAGAGGGUACAAGUGAAGGUGAAAUGUCCGAGGAAUACGAUGAUAAUUAUGAUGAGGAGGGGGAGGAUGGGCAGGAAGGGGAUGAAGAGGGAAUGACUGAUGAAGAGAUGGAGAAUGAUGGUAGGGAUGUAUCAAGUGGUUUGGGUAGUUCAAGUGAUAAUGCUGACUCCAAGGAAGAUUCAGAAAAUGAUAACGUAAUGCGUAGUAAUAUCGACGAAGAAAGAGAUAAGGUAAAGAGUGAAGAGACGGAAGGAAAUGAGGAUGAACAAAUAGAGUUGGAAGAUGAAGAUGAGGUAGAGCUGGAAGAUGAAGAUUUCGAAGAUGAAGAUGAGGUUGAAUGA